AUGCUCCCGAACGGGCUGAAGAUCCCGGCACUGCUGAAGACGCGUCAGACACGUUUAGCCCGUCCUCUCCGCCGACGGCAUGGUCUACAUCAAAGCGUUUUCCUUAUCCCGGUGCGCUACCCGACCAUAGCUGUGGUUGUACCAUCACCAUCACCGCCCUGGAGGCAAGGAGCCACCAGGACAAGCACAAGUGCCGCUGCAGCAGUAUGCAAGAAGCGACUCCGCUCAGGUCGAGGCACCGGCAAGCACCAAGAUGCGAACACCACCUGUGACAAAGAACAGCCUUAUACAGAGACCUUUAAUCAGGUCAUUUUCGACUCUUCGGACUCUUCCAUUCCCGUUUCAUCACAUUGCUCUGGUGCUAUCCAGGGUAUACGUGGGAAUGCUCUCCUCACGGUCGAAUCUCAUGCUGGCCUGAAACCGGCAUAUUUCUUUACUUUCGUACCCGACCCUAGCCCGAUGCUGUCUCAACCCCACACGGCGAUUAUCUCAGGGAAACAAAGACGGUACACGUCAGACGAGAAUGCGCUGCUGGUACGGCUGAAGGAGAAAAGAGGCAAUGUCAUGGCCAGAGAUUACGGCUCACUUCCCAGGUCGAAAUAUGUCAUCUCUUCAAGUCCACUAUUCAACCAAAGUACGCCCCAAGACCAGCUCUCGGUCUGGAAAAACCGAGGAGAUGCGGAUAAGAGACUAUGUUCUCGGUAUACUCCUUGGCUCGCGCCUGUCGAUUUUUCGCUGUAUACAGCAUCUUUCGUGGUCGUUAGUUCCAAUAAUACAAAAAUGAGGGGUAGCUUUGUGUGCUAA